CCGCUACUCAUCGGACUCUUGAGCUGCCGCACAACCUCAAUUUCCAGUCAGUCACCGUCAGCUCUAAAACCCCCGGUCAUGGGUGAACAGACCCAAAUACAAACGAAAACCGAAACUCCACCUCAACCAUCUCUACCCAAUUCUGAUGAUUUUCCCCAAAACCCCUCUAACCCUUCCAAAAUCCCAAUUCGACCCCAAAAAAUCCGUAAACUCUCCUCUUCCACCCCCCAAUCCUCCAAUGGAAAAGAAACAACGGGACCUACCAAGAAUCGUCGCAAGACUGCACCCAAAUCAAACCCCCAAAUCAUCAAACCCUUAACAUUUAACGGAGAAAUCGAUAAUGCACUCCAGCACCUCCGUUCUGUGGACCCACUUCUCUCUUCCUUAAUAGAUACACUUCCACCCCCACAAUUUGAAACCCACCAUUCUGCUUUUUUAGCUCUUAGCAAAAGCAUUCUUUAUCAGCAACUAGCGUAUAAAGCAGGAACUUCAAUUUACACUCGUUUCGUUUCCCUUUGUGGAGGCGAAAACGCUGUUUGCCCUGAUAUUGUGUUAUCCCUAUCUGCUCAACAGCUUAAGCAGGUUGGGAUAUCGGGGCGAAAGGCGAGUUAUCUUUAUGAUUUAGCGAAUAAGUAUAAAAGUGGGAUUUUGUGUGAUGAGAGCCUGUUUAAGAUGGAUGAUAGGUCGUUGUUUACGAUGCUUUCGAUGGUGAAAGGUAUUGGUUCUUGGUCAGUGGAUAUGUUUAUGAUAUUUUCGCUUCAUAGACCGGAUGUUUUGCCUGUUAGUGAUUUGGGGGUAAGGAAAGGUGUGCAAUUGUUAUAUGGGUUGGAGGAAUUGCCAAGACCGUCGCAGAUGGAGGAGCUGUGUGAGAAAUGGAAGCCGUAUAGAACUGCAGGGGCGUGGUAUAUGUGGCGGUUAGUGGAAGGGAAAGGGAGUCCAACUAAUGCUGCAGCGGCACCGAUUGAUGGUGGUAAUGUGCAUACAUUGCAGCAAAUUCAGACUGAACAGGAGACACAGCAACAGCAACAUCAACUGCAGCUUCUCGAGCCAAUUAAUGGUAUCGAGAAUCUUGGAGGGGUGACAUAGUGGGAAAAGUUAGGUUCUUGAUGAAUAUAUUCUCGAAGGUGGAAGGACAUAGGAAGAAGAAGAGGAGAUGAGCCUAUAUGCAGCAUUUUCACAGUGAUUCAUACAAAAAUCCUUCUUGAUUGAACUUUUUCAAGCAGAUUGAAGAAAAUCGAUUAGGUUUUUAUAGAUUUUGGAAAUGCUCUUUCUGCUUUUUAGCAGAGUGGAGCAAGGAAGCUUUUUUAGCAGAGUGGAAAUUCUUGCUGUAACAUACUAUUGAUAUAACUGUGUGUAUUUUUCUAUUUUUUAUAUUUUUGUCUUGUACAAAUACUUGUCCAAUAUUUUGUCAAAAUAUAUGGAUUAGAUAUUAUCAUUUCAUUAAACAUUGUUCUGCUUAAUCCCAUUUGCUAAAUAAGAAAACCAAUUUGUACAAAGCCCUUCUUUUAAGAUUCAUUUUGCAGGAAGCUUAAUACUGCAUCCCGGGAGAAAAUAAGGAUUGUGUAGCAAUGGGUGAACAAAAAAAUAGUGAUUUUGUUCUUAUUUCCAUUGAUCUGAAUUGAGAAUCAUGGUUCAUAGUCUCUGUUUUGUGAUGUGAUUUUUGACAUCUUUUCACUUGGGUGGCGUUGCUGGCCUCAGCAUGAAUGUGGCUCAAAUAUUUUGAAUGUUCAUAGCAAGUUCACGAAUUCUUCAGCAAAUAAGCAACUCACCACUCCUGUGGAUGAGAAACCUAUACAAGAAAUCUAGUAAAAGAGAUACGAUUAUGUGUGACAGGAAAGGAAUAUGGAUAAGUUUUAAUGGGUUUUGGGUCAUUGGUCGGGGCAGAUAAAAUAAAGGAAAAGGUUUGGGUGGGGGUUGGGUUUUAAUUUCAUCCAAUAAAAACAAGCCAUGUAAUAAAUGAUAAUAAAAAAAUAAUUAAAGAAAGGUCCGUCAGUAUUAAGGGCAUGAGUGAGCCAGAAACACGAGCAGAGGGGUGGGUUUAGCCAAAUAGAUGGAUGAAAGGUAUUUUAGAGUUUUUUCGAUAGUUCAGGGGCAUUUUUGGCCCUUUUCCCUUUUUUCCUAUAAGAUUCUUUGGUUUAUGGAAUUGAGAAAUAGAUGUCCCACCAAGGUUGUAUGGAAUAGAAUGACUAACCGGGCCCCUAGUGGUCCUUAUCUUAUGGCGCCACACAUUUAGAAAUCUCAAAUAGGUAAAUUGGUUUGGGGAAUUGGGGUUAAACAUCCCUCGUUUAGGUUUUUGAGUGGCUAAAGUUAAGAAAGAAUAGGUCAUCACAUCCUGGAGUUGAACAAUGAGCAGCUUUAAAAAGGAAAUGGCAAGCAGGAAGGAGAGUAGUAACGUUAUUAUUGAAGAAAAGGUGGCCCGAAUUGAGUGGAAGGAAUAUAGUCUGGCUCAUAUAACAUACAUAAUUCGUGUGAGAAUAAGGUGUCAUUUAUUGAUUGAAGUUUCUUCCUUGUGCUUUAUCUACUUGUUUAGUGUUCAUUGUUGUUUAUGUUUUAGGAUAGCAUACCAGUAUAUUGAACUUUGCAUCAUUUACAUUUUGGUUUCAGGGCUUGCAUUUGGAGCCAAUGAUUGAAGCGUUCAGAUUUUGAUUAGACUAAUUUCUGAGGCUGGAAAAGAAUUCAAAUUUCAA